AUGACACUCGCCCCCGAAUACCUGAGAAUGAAGCCUCUUCCAGACGCCCCUGCGGACGAAGCCCCGCCGCCAUAUGAAGCAAAGCCCCGCAGCAGUCCUGUCCCCAGCACCCAAGCACCACCCCGAGCGACCCCGGGACCGGCAAUGCCGCCGCCGCCGCCGCAGGUCGCUCGCCAGUUCCCGCCCGCAUUCAAUCUCUACUCGCAGAGCUUCAGCCGUACGAUGGUUCUCGGUGAACACCAAAGCCAGCCAUUCUACGCCAUGUCAAUACACAGUGGCCUCAGCAGUUCGCCGCCAAUCAUACUGCACUCCGGGCCGGCAAACACCUCCCCGCCGCUGGCGUCGGUGGAACACCACAGUUUCAGCGGCAGGAUGAGCAUAACGCUCCCCCCUGCGCCCAAAGGCAGUCCCGGAGGAGCACCCAUUAUCGACCUGGAAUGCAGGACGAACUUUCCCUUGUCAAGCUAUAUUUUCGCGAUGGGAGUUGGCCCGAACUGCCAAAGACUCGAGCAAUUCGAGUGGAGACCUAGCUCUGGCGAAGCAAUCGCCAUGCUGGACGGCAGAAGCAGAGGCUGGAAGCUGGUUAGGUUGGCUCAAGCAGCCGCGCCGUCGGCCUUUAAGGGAGGCGACGGGAAGGAAGUGGUCGCCGUCUGGACGGAUGCUGGGAUGAGCAUGUCCAAGGUGGCCAAAUUCGCUUUCACGGGCAGUGGUCUGACGGGCGAGCUGGGUGAACGAUGGGCGAUCAUGGCUGUUAUAUCCGGCUUGGCCAUCUGCGAGCGACAGAGACAGCGGAGGCGCAACAACCACUGA